UCUUUCUUCGCGCUCGUGGAAACUUGGAGCUCCCUGUAAAUGGCGUCCCAUUCUACUACCUCACACCUACAGAAGUCCUAUCUCUUCAAUGCUACCCAUAAAAUGCAGACACUCUCUGUAUCUUCUGUGAGCACGAAAGCUUCAUGGGACACAGAACAGAGGCUUCCUUAUAAUCCCAAUGCUCCCAGAAAGAUCAAGAAGAACACUAACGCUCUCAGCCAGACGCCAAUUUUAAAAACAUCUCCUUCUUCCAGUUCAUCUUCUCCAACAGCAUGGACGGAGAAGUACGUUUCUGACCUUCUGAAGCGCAACAGUCCUGAUACCAGUGAAGGGAAUACAGCAGAGCCAGACGAAACCUACUUGGGAUAUGAGAGAUGGUUGCCGAGUCCUCCUAAAGUGGUGAAGCCAAGAUCUGUAUUCAAUGCAGCAUCUCUAGCAUAUAUUGGCGAUUGCAUAUAUGAGCUUUAUGCUCGCAGGCACUUUUUAUUUCCUCCCCUAAGCAUUGAAGAGUACAACGAUCGUGUGAUGGCACUUGUGCGUUGUGAGGCUCAAGAUGCAUUGCUCCAGAAACUUCUCCACAGCAACUUCUUAUCAGAACAAGAGAGGGAUGUGCUUCGAUGGGGAAAGAACAUUAAUUCAAGCAAAACACGGACGAAAAAGCGUGCUGGUGCGGCUGUGUAUAACAGAGCAUCUUCACUGGAAACAUUGGUUGGUUAUCUUUAUUUGACUAAUGUGAAUCGCUUGGAAAAGCUAAUGGCGGAGUUGGGAUUUUCAGUUGACUCUUCAGCAAGUUUUAAUGUGGAAGAAGCAAUAUCAGGACGGCUGAAUAACGGAUAAGGACAGUCUUCAACAAAUCUUCCAGAAGAGCAGAAAUGUACGAAAUGAAUGAUGUAGUAAAUCAGCCUGCACAUGAUCUCCAGUUUUGAUCAAUUGAAUUCCUCAUUCACUUAUGUACAAUGAUAGAUGUUGUAUUGCUCUCCAACGGUAUGAUUUGCCAUCCUAAAGAUCUGAAGCCAGCUAACUUCUUUCUUAUGUGAAAUUGCUGUACAAAUACUGUGACCUUACGGUUUCUCAGUGUUGGAGAGGCAUAUAAAAUAUUUAUCAUUCAUUUUAUCUUAAAUUUUC